AAAACAGAUGACGCUCGAUCGUCCUUCGAAAAUCGUUGUCUGUCAUUUUAACGUAGCAACUGGUGGUUUACGUUUCGUGUAAAAGGAGUUGCCUAACAACUGACGUGCACAUCAACCCUGACAACAUGCCCCACUCGAAAUUCCUGUACGCCGCCUUCGAAAUUCUCAACGAAACUUACGUCCUGAUAGCCGGCGGACCGUCAGCAUGUCUCCUUUUGUUGCGCAACAGCCCCACAUUCAAAUCCCUGCUCGUCGCUUCCGUCACCCUAUCCGCCGGCAUUUAUUGCUUGUCCACGAAAAGAGGCUCGACCCCUUCUUCGUUACCCGAUAGAAAGAACGACGAAUCUGUGGUGCUUGUGACGGGCUGCGAUACGGGAUUGGGAUUUUCCUUGGCCGAACAUCUGGUGCAAGAAGGAUUCGUGGUCGUCGCUGGAUUUUUAAAAUUGGACAGUUUGGGCUCACAAUUGUUACCUCAGACCGUCAUCAAAACUAGAUUGGACAUUACCGACUGCGAGAGCGUCAAGUCCACCGUGAAAACUGUCGAAGAUCUGUUGGACACUCACCCCAAUUACAAAUUUCAUGCCUUGGUCAACAAUGCUGCGACAAUGGUGUUUGGCGAAUUUGAAUGGUUGACCGAAAGACUCAUUGAUUUACAAAUUCAAGUAAAUCUAACUGGAACCCUGAAGCUCACAAAGGCAUUUUGCCCCAUCUUACGAAUGCACAAAGGCAGACUGAUUACCGUCACUAGUCACUGCUCACAAGCAACUCUUCCUGGACUGAGCGUUUACGGGGCCACCAAAAGUGCAUUGAGUGCCUUUUCUGACGGACUCAGAGUGGAAAUGGCCAAAUACGGUGUAAAAGUUAUAACCUUCAUUCCGGGCUCCUUUCCCACCGAAAGCAACAUCAUGUCCAAACAAUUGAACUACGUGGAAGAAAUGCACGACGGCUUUACGGAAGAACAACACGAAUUUUAUGGUGAUUAUUUCAAGAGAUACAACGUUUACUUGUCCUUUCUGACGGGACCGACCGUUCCGAAAAAAAUUAACAACAACGAAUUGUAUAACAAGUUUGACAAUUGUUUGUUAGAUGAAUGCCCCAGUAGCGUGUACAAAGUGGAAGACUGGCGGUAUUUUAUGUACCAUUUACUAUUCAGAUUCUCACCUGUUUGUUUUCGAGAUUAUUUUGUAAAGAAAUUCAUGCAAAUGCCAGACUACCACAAUAAUAAAUAAUAAUUAAUUGUAUAUAUAUGUGUGUGUGUGUGUGUGUGUGUGUAUAUAUAUAUAAAUGUGUGUCAGUCAAUUAUUAUAUUAUUAUAAAGACGCGUUUAAUAAAAACUAAUACUUAUUA